AUGGGGGCCUCGAGUUCCUCGGAUUCCUCGAGGCGGCGCCCUGAGGGGCCCCCGCAGAGUGUGCGCGAAGUUGCCAAUGUGGCGGGGGCCCCUCCUAUUAAUUCGCCUUCCCCGGAAGAUGCUGCAUCUUCUAGAGCGGGCAAGAGCCCCAGGGAUCCUAGUGACCCGCCGGGGCAUCCAUUUGUGUCGUCUGCUAACGCCCGCAGCGGAGGUGGUAGUAAAGUUCGAGACGAAGCAACCGGGAAGUAUGUGUUCCAGACGUUUCGGCAGCAGAUGCAGCGGCAGUUGCAGCGGGGGCAACCAGGGUCCAGACACCUGUCAGCCCUCGACGUCAUGGAGAUUUACACCAAGGCAGAACGGCGACCCUGGAAACGACUAAAGGAGGAGACAGAUGAUCAAGAGGCAGAACAGUCGCGUAAACGAAUUGAGACGGAGGCGAGCGACUUUGCACGCCUAGUAGGCCACAUCUUGCAGGGAGUUGAGGCUCGAGGUCCUGCGCGGCAGCUGUUGGUACACCUCAGCGGCUACGCGUCGUCUCUACCACUGUUGUUGCUGCAACGAGAAGAAGUCUUGCAGCUGCUGUUGGAGCACCUUCGAAGGGAGGACACCUACGGCGUUGUGCUGCAACUGCUACCCGCUCUUGCCAAGGACCUGCGUCAAGAAUUCUUGGGGUACCUCCAGAGCUGCAUUGGAGCGCUGCAUCUUCUCCUUUUCGACUUGGAGGGCAGGCACGACGCUGACGGCGUCCAGAAGCUUUUUCAUUGCCUCUCGCAAAUUUUCAGAUACCUCCAAAAGUACCUCGUGCUCAACAUGGAGGACUUCCUAGACAUCAUGCUGCCACUGCUGCUGCACAGUGCGCCUCCGGGGGCUUCACAGAAGCGCAAGCGGCCGGUUGCCGAGGAGAUGGAACAUCAGGCACCUGAAGAUCCGAUCGCCAUCGAUCUGCCAACAGGCCAGCAGGAGCAUCAGGCGGAGCAGCAGCCACCACCGAAGCGCAAGAUGUGCAAAGUGCAGAGGGAUGAGCCCGUUCAACGACCAGCUCAGCGGCGUCCGCGUUCUAACCCGCAAAAACAGAGAAAAGAUACAGCUGAAGUUAAGGUCUCCGGAAGCGCGCUGAUGGCUGCCCAGGCAGUUGCAACGGUGCUACGAAGGGCUGCACGCGAGGAGGAAGUUUUCUAUGACUGUAUUUCGUCCAUUACAGAGUAUUUCCUUGUAGUUCCCUCCCCCUGGCUUCCUGCCUUUGCUGCCUGCGCGUCUCGCAUCUUCUUCGAAAGCAUUCGGGGGUUGGAGUGUGCCUUUACGAAUUCCUUUGAAGGGGUUUCUUGUUUUCUCGUUGCCAAUGUCCUGCUGCGGCAGCAAUUCACCCUUCCAGGUUCCGGCGCAACAUACGAGCCUCCUCCGCUUGAGCUGAACGAUUGCGCCGAGCCAUCUGAUGAUGCCACAGCCAGCAGCAGCAACAACAACAGCAGCAGCUGCUGCGGCAUAAGUCAAGCCAGUAGCAGGGUCUGCGGAAGGCAAGUGUAUCUGGCUCAUGCUGAAUGCGUGCGCAUGUACCUAGACGACGCGAGACGACACGCAGCCUCUACGGAAAGCCCUGCAGCGCUGGCAUUGCAGCGUGUAACCCUCAGGCUCCUUGGUGCUGCAGUACGUUCUGCUCUUGCUGGACAGUCACAGGUCGAGGAGAGGCAGCAGAUGGCUUCUGUGGAACAAAGACGCGAGAUGGGUGCAGAGGAGAUGCUCUGCUUGUUUACGUCCUCAUUUUCCCCGUUUUUCUCCCUCCAUCCCUUUCUCCAACUAACGUCAUUCCCGUACUUCCAAGGCGGGAGCGUGCGUUUGCCUUGUCGUUCGACAGCAGAGGCGCCUUGUAGCCGCUGCUGCCUCCCUCCCCCUGUACUGGUGGGGUGCUGCACCCUAGCGGACGCAGCUGCAUCGUGGUUCGCAUGUACUCCACGGAACACAGGGAGCUUUGAUGCUUACAUUCAGAAGCUACUAGAGGUGCUACAGCCCUUCUGUGUGUCUGCAUCUGGGGCCUCCGAUGCCAUCAAGGGAGCUGCCCCUUCAGAUGAAGAGGCCCAGCAUCGGCCACCGGUGGUUCCGCCACUGAUACAGCCGCUGCUCUGGAGUUUUACCUCAAGUUCAGACUGCGUGGCAUCUGCGGCAGUUACUGUGCUGCUGCCUUGCAGUCUCCUUCGGGUUAUUGUUUUUGCGUGGAGAGCGCUGUCUGUUAGCUACACAAAGGCAGUGCCGUUGACGGGCAGCCCCUUCCAACAUUUGCUGCCAGCGUUGUUAAGUGUGCAGCGGUAUCAGCUGCAGCAGUUGCAGCUGAGCCAGGAGAAGCAGCUGCAACCGGUGGACAGGGCGUGGUGGCAGGGUGUCGUGCUUGAACGGGUGUUGGAGGUGUUUCUCUGCAGUUUGCGAAUGCUUCUCCUUGUGCCUGCACCGGUGGAUGGGUUUUCGUCUCUCUGUCUUCGCUACGCGGUUGAAUUCCUUGCAGGCCAACAUGCGGCCAUGAGUGAUGAACUAGAUCAGCAACUCAAGGCUGUGUGCGAAGCAGACCACCGUCUCUCUUCAGGGCAACAACAAGUCCAGCAGGACUUUCUGUUGGGAGAUAUAACUUCGUGGAGGUGGGCAACAGCUAGUUCUUUGCUGGCGGAUAUUUUGAAAACCUACGGCAGAAAGGGGAAGGCUAGGGGAACUGGCUCAACAUGGGCAACGAUUCGGCUCCUGCUGCCCCUUCACAUGGAGACCUGCCUGAGGGGAACCUGUGGCGAGUUGCACCGCCUUGAAACGUCUUUGAGAGACCACAUUGUCAACAGCCGGGAUACUGAAGGAGGGGAUACUGAGGCUGGUUCUUCGGAUGAGCUGGAGGUGUGUUUCGCAAGUGCAUUUGUGGGCCUGAGGUGGUUGUGGGAGCUGCGGAAGGCCCUUGCCUACGAAAACGACGUUGGCGGACAGACAGGAAUACCUACGGGUCCACUUGAACUAACGGCGGGUGCAAGUAGAGCCGCUACGCAGCUACAACAGCAACAACAGAGACUUCUUUGUCAAAUACUUGAUGCGCUCCAGCAUGGGCAGCAUGCCGCUGGCCUCCGCAGUGCUCUUCUUCUUCUUUUCAGUCGCGUCUUUGUUACCUUCCUCUCCCUCCCUCGGCUUGUCGUUUGUCAAGAAGGGGAAGGAACAGCUGCCUGCCCGGAACCUCCGGAAUCGUUGACACAACUCUGUGCAGAGCGCCUAAGUGAGGCGGCUGCUGCAUGCAGUGCAACGGCCGCAACUAAUGGCAAGAGCAGUCGCAUCUCGCGCUGUGACUGCUUUGGGACUGCCUGCACCGAAUACCGAACAGUCCCGUCCCCUGCGGACUUCGAAGGGAUUCGUCGCCUUCUUCUUUCCAGCAGUAGCUCAGACAGUGCUGGUGAAGUGGAAGCGCCGGAGAGUGUAGCUGCUGCGUCUGACUUGGGGCCCGAAGGCAGAUGGGUUAGAUGCCUGCUGAGUUUCGUUUUAUCGUCGUCUUUUACCUCGACUUACACGGAUCCAGUGAGGAACGUGAACGCUGAGGGAACAACGGCUCUCUUGCAAACAAGCCCAGCUAUUGUCAAAAGCCUUUGCUUGGCAUUGAGGCUGCUCAACACCUGCGGCCUAUCUCAGGGGAGCCUGCUGCAGCAGCGCUACCACAUGCGGGAGUUGUGUCUAGUGGCGGUUAAGGCGUUGCUUCCGAAUCUAUCGUCGGGAUCUGCUCAUCUGCGUUUGUGGUCUCUGCGGUUUAUCAGCAGCUGCGAACCUGCAUCACUCUUCUCUUGUGCCUGUUGCGACGCCUUUGCGUGUCACAGCUGCCCCAAACAGUCUCUCAUUACUCCGGCGGUGCCGGCAAACGCAGUUGUGCGCAGCCUGCUGCAGAAGCUGGAAUCCCUGGAGAAGCUCAAAGUUGAUUUGGACACGGAACGCCCAAAAAUACAGCUGCUCCACUCGUGCGCUGAGGAGGUGCGAGCUCUUCAGGAGAUGUUGGCUGGGGCAGAGCAACGAAAGGGGGCAGCAGCAGCAGGCCCUGAAUGCGGUGGGCUUGUGCUGCUGCUGCAGCUAGCCUACCGCGUGCUGCUCGCAGGGCUGUCUGUCAAGUUUGCCACUGUGUGGCCUGAAGUGGUGGAUGCCGUUACGACAGUAGUCGAAGCCUUCCAAGACUUCACUCCUCCUAGGUCGACCUCAACUGACAAUUCCGCAGGCAGCCCUGAGUUCACGGAGAAGCCCCUGCAAACGCUGCCUCCCGACAAAGAACAGCGGAACGCCGCGCUGGCCUUUGUUUGGAAGCUCGUUGUAUCUGAGACGCACAGAGCGCUAGACCAACUGGGCCAAGAGCAGCAGCAAGAGCAGCAGCAAGAAACCCCUCCUCUGCAUAAUUUGCAUGGUCAUGAGGCAGCAGGUUCAGUUGCAAACAAUUGUCAAGAUUGCAUUCUGAGUGUGUGGAAAAGCGCUAGAGAAGAUGAGGUAGUUAGUGAAGAAACAACACCCCUCCAGAAGCACUCACAUCUUCUGCGGAUCUUGCAGCGCUUCGGCGCUCGCUGGGGAAGUAGCGCCUUUUUGCGCACAAGACAUAGGCAGCGGCAACCCCGGCCUGAUGUUUAUGAAGAUGGAGCAACAGAGGCAACAGAACCACAACAACCCUCCGCCGUCCAAGGGGCAAUGGCUUGGAGACGCAACUUUGCCCAAAACGCUCUCCGCUUCUUGCUGAUAUAUGGACAGCGUAUUGCCAUCCAGCUAACGCGUUCCCCUGACAGCUGCAAGGAAAUAGAGGACAGUGAAGGAGCUGUUGCUAGGGGUAAAGAAUGUGGAACUGGCGGGCUUCGGCGGGACGGCUCGAUCGGCGGCAACAGCGCCAGCGGGAGAGGCGUGCGUCAGCACCAAACUGAAUGCAAGCCGUUGUUGGCCACCGCUUGUCUGAUCCCUCGUGCGCAGGAUGUGCUCCGAGCUAUCUUGGCCCAUGGUGAAAUGCGCUUUUCGGGGGUGGGGCAGCGUUUGUUAGGCUUUCCUUGCGAAGACCCUACUGAAGAGAAUGGGAUAGAUGCACAGAGUCAAGAACUGGAGAAUCUUUGGCAAAGCUUCUUAGAGGCUUGCACGCAACGCCUCAUUGGCGUGCGGGAUGCGUCGCUUCAGGCACUUGUCCUUCAGACGCUGAUGCUUUGUCGAGAGCUCCAGCAGGUGGUCAAGCCGUACUUUUCCGUGCUGGAGGAGGCGCUCAAAGACAAGGGGGGAGCGCCGUCAGGUCUCCUGCGGCUCGUUUUGGGGAAGGACGAGGCCGAACGACAAGUCGUCCAUCCUUCCCCAGAGUCUAAACAGGACGUCGUGUUGCUGCCCGAGCACCGAGCCUUUAUGCUGCCUCUUAUCGUCCGCCUCCUCAUCAGCAAGACUCAAGUCAAAAUGGGAAGGUCUCCUGGGGUGGUGUUGGCGAAUCGGCGUAGAAUCUUUGGCUUGUUAGGCAGUCUUGAAGAAACGGAAAUUCCGAUGGUUUUGGCCGUGCUAGCAUUGAGAUUGCUGCGCCUCACUCCACACGUCUCUGCUGCCGACAAGUCAGGAGAAGGGGUGUUGCAGGGAGGCACGCCUUUAGAGGGCAUGGACAAAGAGCGUGCGCUGGUUUCCUUCAUUCGCUGGCAGCACUUCAGAGCACAGAUGCUGGCUGGCGCUGAUUCUGCUGUACCUGUUGUUGGUUCCGAACGCGACGAUUUGGCCGAACCCCCAGUGCAUGUGACACUGUCGGACCAGCUGCUCGGGCCGUCCUCAUCGACGCAGUUGCACGGGCUGCUCAAGUCUUUGCAGCAUCUGGUGCAAAUGCAGCAGCACACACUGAGGCCAGCGGCACCCUUCUUGGUUUUCGUCUUUGGAGCGAUUCUGCAGCAACUCGUUCCUGCGACACCGGGAGACGAUGCCGUCUACAAAGAAGUGCAAGAAAUGGUAACUGACGAGGCAGACAAACCUGACGCUGAAGAUCAGCAAGCAGGGAGAGACCCGCCGAAUGCGGAAUUCACCUCCGAACUCACGAUGGAGCGCACAGCGGAAACGGCGACUGCCAUCGCUGCACGACACAAGAAGCACUGCAUUCGGAUAGCGGUAGACUCGCUGCACCAGCUCUUCGCCGCUUUUCCCGACUUCGUCGAGGCUUGGAAGGUGCUGCUAUCUCCAGCAGCACCCGCUUUGCAGCUGCUGCUUUCAGCGGCAGUCGAGACGGGGGCAGCGGGGUAUUCGGGGAAUGCCAAAGGAGGUGGAAAAUGUCCUGCGGUUGUGCGGUUCGUUGCUUCUUGGGCGUCUAAUGCGGACUACUUUGUGUUGUAUGAGGAACUGCUUCCGAAGGCCCUAUCUUCUAUUAUUGGAGCAAUAGGGUCCGAGCCGCUGCUGCGGUUCUUGCAGCGCACCCAGCGGAGCACAACUCCUCUACUGGAAGUGGCAAUUGAGACGGCUCUGCUGCUCUGCUUUGGCGGUCGCACAAAGGAACAGCUAGAAGAGGAACUGCGGAUUUCUCAGCGCGAAUUCAAUGCCAUGAAGCACGUAAACGAAAGGAGGCGUCGGCGCAGGGGCUACUAUUCCUCUUCGUCGGAGGAGAGUGACGAAGAUCUGCAGGAGAAGGAUGGCUUCGUGGAAACUGACAAGGCGAGCUCUUUGAAGACAUUUCGGGAGACAUAUGAAGCCUUGCAGAGGCAGCAAGAGCUGCAGCAACAGCGGGGUCUACAAGUGCUUCUCCCACACUUAAACACUUUGCUGCACUGCAUGGAGUUGUUGCUCAACGCAAGGAGAGGCGCGGCUAGCCGCCCGCAGCAAGCAGGGCAGUCACCAACCCAACCACCCUCUGCCUCUAAAGAUAGUGCCGCCCCACACAUGGAGGACCCGGUGCAGCUGUUUAUGCACCGUAGGGAGAAAUUACUCCUUGUGGGCUUAAAGGAGCUGCAACUUCUUACCCGCCUUGCUGCGUAUGCCUGCGCGGACAAGGACCUCAUGGUGCAAUCAUGGUCUCGAAGUACAACUUCUCCUGAGGAAUACACAGUUCCAACGACAGCAAAGUUGAUUCGCUUGCUUCUUCUUUCUUUGCCUCUACGGAUUCGAUCUGGGGGCGCAGCAGCUCGACAACAAUUGACGCUCGCCGCUAUAAAGGGGCUUCUGCCCUCCGUGGCUUCCUGGAGGCAGUCGUUGUCUUCUCGCGCUGACCCAGGCAUUGGUAUGGUAGAGCUGCGCGGGUUGCUUCGGGGGCUUUACGAGACAUGCUGCAGUUUACUAGAGUGCGCAGAAGAUCUGCAGUGCCGCGCAGCAGCAUCCGAAGUGCUGCUGGCGACGGAACUUGCUGCAUGCGGCUGCGUGCUGACGGAAGAGGUUCUCACGACACAGAUCCGAGGAUUUGCAUUGAGGGAGUUGCAUGCUUUCCGGCAAGCCGAGGAGGAAGGGGAAGGUGACUUAAAAACGGUACGUGCGAUCUCCUGGAUAAUUCCUGGUGGAGCGCUCUGCGACAGCCUUCUAAAAGAUGCAUUGCCGUCCGUCCUAGACGACAAAGGGUCAGCCACUCUGCUCAGGCGCAGUGAGCUUGCUGCCGCGUGGCGCGUUAGCGUCGCUCUUGUGAUGGUCUGCGCAAACCUUCUGAAGGCAGGGAGCCGUGGCGGUCCGGAGGAGCAGCGGCCGGACGUGGACAUGCAGGUUUUGGUGUUGCUGGCAGUGGUUGAGAACCACCUCCGUCCUCCUGCACUAGCACGAAUAGCUCAGUGCGAGUUUAAUGAACAAGCGGACAACACACAGGUCCAGCAUGAACUGCUGACAGCCGAUGACAAAAAGGAAGAUGGAGAAACGGCAACGGAGAUGAGGGGAGAACCGCACGAUAAAUUAGGAGUAGCGGGGGUUCAGUGCGCACAGGAGAGUGUUGGAGAGGAGGAGACGCCUUUGCAAGCCACAACACCUGCGGAAACUUCUGCUCCUCCUCUGAGCAACAUUCCUGCAUCUGCGUUUGAGCCUAUUGUGCAGCACGUCCUGUAUCUUCUCUCCGAUUGCUCUGACGACCUGACGCUGCAGCAUGUCGCUCUGACAGUCAUCCGAAAGGCAGCUAUGUCUCUUGGGGCGGCGGCUUCGGCAGCAGCGACUCUGAGGACGGCAGUUCAGUUUGCGGAUGAACAGGGGAUGAAACUGCCUUCUGAGGAAGCAGUGGAGUCCGAUUGGGGCUUUGCUGUUGCUAUGCAACGACUCAUUAUGAAGGCAAUCUUUCCUCACCUUCACCGACUGAUGCGCAGCAUGAAAGAGGACUGUCAGCGGAUGGCCCUGAGGGCACUGGACUCACUUGUGCGGACGCUAGGGCCAGCAGGGCCUCUACUGCCACCGCAUGGAGCCACUACAACCGAUGGGGAGGACUCUGUUUCCGGCUUGUUUUUGUCCGAUGCAGAUCAGCACCAGAGGUUCAUGCGGCUGCAUUUGGACUUGUAUCCGCUGCUAACAGCAACCCAGGUAACACCUGCAAUUCAAGAAGCUGCUUCGCUUGCGCAAGAGUUGGUUGCCAGCGGAAAACCCUGGCGUGCAGCCGCCGCCGCUGCCAGAGCUGCGCAGCUGGAGGCGCUGGCCGGGGAGCAGCAGGCCUCUGAACGCGAAGGCGGGGGAGACGUUUUGCUUGAGCUGCUGCACAUGCAGAAACACAGAAGAGCGAGGGGCUUACAGCUUCUUGGCAGGGCGGUGGCGGCGCAGAAGCUGUGCAUGAACACAGUGAGGCACUUUUGCGUGCCCUUAGCGCUGUGGGCAAUUCUUCAAGAAAACGUGUCAAGGGAGGUACCAGAGAAACAAAAAGCGACCAAGGCUUCGUCCCGACAGUCCAGAGGCCGCCAGGAGGCGUUCAGUCAACAGAUGGCUGACCAGGGAGUGGCAUGUCUGGCACAGUGCUGCACGCGUCUGCCUCUGAAGAGCUGCAUCCAGACUCUGAAGCAGCUCGUGACGUUCCUUGCCAAAGUACCGCAGCGCGAAGCUUACAUACAUCGUGCAAUAGCCGCAACUCUGAAGACAUUCCCCUUUGGCCUUUCAGAUGCAGUACACCAAACAGUAGGGAGGCAGAGUCAGCUAGAACAGGGCGAAGAAAAAGAAGAUAAGGAUGAUACAGGGGGCGGUGCAAACAAGCAAACAGACUCGUCCGCGCAAGAGCCAUGCCAGGGAGAGCAGCCAGCAACUGGUCUUCCUUGCCAGGAAGGGGGUGACGGGGUGACAAGCAGCGAAGAUGAAUCUGAUGGGAAAGAAGCAUCGAAAAAGCGCAUUGCACAGAUGAGGAAGGAAAGGGUGGAGACUUGCAUCAGAGAUGAGCUCAUCCCUAUGUUGUACCCCCUUGCCUUUGGCAGCAAGGUCCGGCGUGUGACGUCAAAGGGAGACACUGCUGAUGCAUCAGAGAAGCUCCUUGAACAGAAAACCAGCAAAACAUACGAAAACCCAGUGGUGCGCACAGAGCUAGUAGCCGUCCUUGCCCUGCUGGCGCGGAUGCUACCACCUACGGAAUUCCAUCUGCAGCUACCCCGUCUUGUCCGUUCAGUUGCGUUCGCUCUAAGGUCUCGAGAGCGCACUGCUCGUCGGGACGCCCGCGUAGCUUUAACCCGCUUGACUGUCAACCUGGGCUCUCCAUACUUCACCUACUUGGUGACGGAAGUGCAGAGGACGUUGGGGCCCAAGAGCGAGAAGAACCCAGAGGCAGAUCAGCAGAGCUUUCUACGACCGGUGCUGCUCUUCACACUGCAUGCGAUGCUGAAUGCCUUGCACCAGCAGCAGCAGCAAAGCGCAUCGACAGAGUUGGCUGCUCUGGACGCAUCUCAAGAAGCCACCUCUGUUGACGACACACAGUUUGUCCAGAAGUUCGAAGCCGCAGUCCCAUUGCUGCUUCCUCUCAUCGCCGAGGAAAUAAACCGAGUGGCAGAUCCAGACAGUCUCGACCAAGGGGAGAGCCGGCGAGCGUUGGCCGGACAGCUGGAUGGGAAUGAAGGUGGGGGUCUUUCGAGUUCUUCUGUUGCAAAGCUGACUGAUGUUAGCACGCACUCCAAGGUGGAGGAGGCGCAGUCCCUGAAAGGACCGUCUCUGCUGUUGCUCCUGACAAAAGAUAGCAGCCCCGAGUGCCUCAGAGACCAGUUACUUCCAUUUGUGCUGGGCCUCCUAACCGGGGCGUCGUGUAAACGCGAGGGGUGGAGCAGCUCAGCUGCCUUUUCAAGCAAAUACGUCAACCGGGCUGAAGAUUUGCUGCUGCAUUUCGUCUUUGGCUUAAGCCGCAACAACAAGAUAUCGCUUGAAAAGAAGCUGCGCACUGCAAAGCAACUGCUCAUUCUCACAGUUGCAACCUUGCAGUUCCCUCUUCUUCACCCUGUACUGCAAGCCGAGCGUGGCCUAAACGAAUCCUUGUUUCUGCUUUCGAAGCAGCAGCUGCUAUUACUGGGUCGCAAGAAGCGGGGGAAGAAGCCGCACACAAACAGUGACACCAACGAAGAGUCACAGCCUGGCGCAGAAAGCAGCAAACCAGCAGCGGUUCCUACGCUUGAGCCAGAGUCAGAAAGCCCUCUUCCGCUAGAUCUGUCUCCUUCUCAUAAAGAAGACCUGCAAACGCUGCGACUUUUGCUGGUUCCGGAAGCCGAAGAUGACGGAGCAAAUACCCAUGGCCAGACAGGAGCCCCCCCCGUGUCCCAGCGGCGGGAGGGCGGGGCUUCCAACAGCAGCAGGAAGCUGCUGGUAUCGCUUCUCACUACGAGCAAAGACCGGCGAUUCACCCUGCAACCCGGCGCCAUCACAGGUCGUUCGUUAGCACAAGCAACCCGUAACAAACCUGAUCAAGGAGCCACUGGCCUAGAGCUCCCCACGCAGUCGGCUUUGCUGGGGACAGCAGCUCUGCGUCUUCUUCAUCUCUCUGUGAAGGCAGCAAAGACUCCUCUGAAAACAUUCAGGGAGAAGCAGCUGGGGCUCGCCUCUGAGCAACGACCUGCGAAGGCCGUGAAGGAGAUGCACGAGGUGACUCUGCGGGGAUGCAUGGACCAGCUGGACGAAGUGGCACUUGGCGUCGUCUGCUGUUUCAGCUGCAGGUCAACAAAGCUGGUCUCGUGGGGUGCCCGGUGCUUGCUGGAGAUGCUUGCAUUCCGUCUUCCUCGUCUCGAAAACAGAGGCGCGCUUGUGGCCUACCUGACAAUGAAGAUCUUCCACUCCUGCGGAGGCGGAAGCGGUAUACAUGGCGCUGACCACUACACAGCUCGGUCGGAGCUUCUUCCGAUCUGCACCAAACUCUUAGCUGUUCUACUGCUGCAGCCUCAGGCUUCAAAAUGGAUGGACACCGCGCUGAAUCCGUCGCAACAUAUAGGCGGGGACAUGCUCAGAUCCCUCCUGCGAGAACAGCUCCGCGUGUUGCCUUGGAGGUACCAAGACCAGCUACAGCAACAACGCCAGCAGCUGCAGCAGCAACAACAAAAGCGACAGCAGCAGGGAAAUGGAGGAGCUGGAGUGAUGUCGCCUCAGGCGGAGCUAAGCUUCAGUGCAAGCGCAGCAGUAACCGAGGAGCAAUUGCAGGCAGCUGGGCAAUUCUGCUUGAAGGAAGCUCUGCUGGCACACAUCUCGUCAUCUUUAGAAGACAGCCAACUGCAGCUGUGUGCUCUCUUCCUUUUCAGAAGGGUUGUUCUGCAGCAUUACAAAGAACUUGUGGGAGAGGCUGCGCGGCGUGCCGUUGAGGAGUCGAAGCAGGCUGCUGGAGAAUUAAGCAGCCAAGCUCUACAGAGGCGUGCCCAGAAGAAGCGACAGAGAGAUGCGAAAGCCGCGGAAGAAGGGGAAGGCAAACCGGAUAAGCAGCAAACAGCAGCGGCGGAAUUGUUGCCGCUCGUCUAUGAGUGUGUUGAUCGCGUGGCUAGGGUGAUGGUACAGCAUGCUACUUUCUCAGCAGUCAGCCAGAAGCUGUCAACCAUUUGCGCCGACGUUUACGUCUCCUUUCUCCUCAACUUCCCCAUGACGCCUCGGCUGCAGCAACGGCGCGUCUUCUUUCUGUUUCAGCAGCAGAAGUUCUCAGACCUCUACGGCCGACGGGCGGCCAUCGCGGCACUGCACAAGGUGGUGAGGCGGUUCCCAGCUGAGCUGUUUAUGGAACGAUACGGGCAGGUCGCGCUGCUAACGUGCUGCUCAACGCUAGCUACAGAGACAGACCAGACGGCUUAUUGGAUGCUGCAGCAGGUCGUACGGGAAGUGCUGCAGCUCGUCGAGGUGGCAGAAGACCCCAUAUCACGUCUCCAGGAUCAACUGAAGACAGUCGCAAAGGUUUUCUUAGUGCCACGGAUGCAGCACUUAAUGGCUCUGCUUGAAUUUUUGAGCGUUUUUGUGCCUCUUGUUGGGGGAUGGAUGGCUCAGAAGGGGGGCCUUGCCCCCUUCUUGCCGAAAGUGACACAACUUCUCUGCGCUGUUUCCUACGUAGCGGCAGGAGAUGAUGCGCCUAUCGACUGGCGUUUGCUCUACAAGGUCACUCUGGUGUUUGAAGAAUUGCUGGCAGCUGGUUGCCUUCCUUGGAUGGAGGAGGCCUUCGGGAAAGCUGCCCAGCUCUUUAGCGAUGCUGGCGUUGAGGCGCUGUACAGCCUGACUGCAGAUGCGGCAAAUGAUGCCCCUGAGGAGGCUGAGAGAACAGCUCUGGAGAGGAGAGGAAUGCAGCUGUUCAUCAACUCUUUGAAUGUAUGGCAGCCCCCGCCAAGCUCUUUGCCGAAGGAUCAAAAGGCGGCGAAACCUACCAAUCAGAACCUACAGCAGCGCCAACAAGUUUUUGCGGGGCUACAUGCAGCACAGCUCUGGAACAACAUAUUGGGAAUCGGUCUUCAUCAUGAAAAUGCGUGGGUGCGUUCCGCGGCGCUGCGCUGCGUGGCUCAGUACCUGCAGCGAACACCGGCUGCCGCUUGGCGUCGCGCCAAUGUUCCUCUUCUUGCUUUUCUAGUUGUAGGAAGGAAGACAAGAAUGCCGAAGGGAAGUCCGGCUUCAGCAACACAGCCACCUCCCCUGACAGCGUUAGGCUUAGCCCUAGGGCAGCACUUCGGCAGAGACAGCAUGCUAGAGCGGCACCCGUCUGCUGCCCCUUGUGCGAUCGCCGCUCUCCUCCACUGGGCUCAGAUAGCCUACACCUUCCCCCACCUUGUGUCGGUCACCUGUAAACAGCGCAGAAGGACGCGGGCGCAUCGGGGCACGUGCGGCGACCCCGCGAAAGUUAAGAACUGCCAUGAGGACGCUCCAGAGCAGCAAUUGGAAGUUGCGGAAGGCGACUUUGAAAUGACUGAGAAGGAGGAGCUUCCUACGCAGGAAGGCGAGUGGUAUUCAGACGUAGGUGUAGACGCAACGAAGGCAGAGGCAGCUGGUGAUUUCGCAGCUUCCCCCCCUGAUGGCUCUGACAACAACUGUGUUGGUGGUAAAGACGAGAAGGAGAAUUCCGAGGAUACAGCUGUGCCUGCACAGUCAACAAACGCUCCUGGUUCAGCCUCUGAGGGCGAGUCUGGAGAUGACAACUCUUCGCAAGAUGAAGCAGAGGGUGGGGAGUCCUCAUCUGACGUUGACGGUGAAGAGGUGACGGCAGACCCAACAGAUGGCGGCGAGGCAGAAGAUUCUGUUUUAGAAGAAAUGCAACGGGAGGCUUCGAAGGACGACAAAGAGAGCUUUGUGGCAGCAACGCAGCUAGCCACCGCUGCGCUCCCCCUGCCGCAGGCCUCUUGGAGUGUCUUCUCGCCUGAGCGUGGGUGCGCCAGCACAGAGGAAGUUUCUUGUAGAGCAACAACACCGAUGCACCCUCUGGUGUUCCUUGUUUCAGGGCUCAAUCGCUGGUUACGCAUACACCUGGGUCGCUUGGGUUUCAGCGACAGUCUUCAACUAUCGGGGGGAGCUCCGGGCACAGUUGCCCGUGUCUCUGGAAUUGUUGCUUUCUUCGCUUCUCUGGUCAAGCUGCUUCCGCUGGCGGAGCUGCAGCACUCCACGGAAAAGACACAGACACGAGGAGCAGAAGCACCAUCGAGCGGCGUUGUGCGUACGAUUCUCGAGCAUAUCGCAGAUGCGGCGUAUCGGUGCUCGACGCUUCAUGCCGAGCUGGCUUCUGAUUCGGUGCUGGCGCAGCUGAUUGAAGGCGAAGAUCUGCGUACAAAGGAAAGUGUUGCUGGCAGUACGAGAGCUGGAGGAGGCCUUCAAGCACGGGAAGGCAGCCAGAGGGACCUCUGGGACUCGCUGCGUUCUCUCAGACCUGUGCUGCAGCUGGGGGAGGUUGCAACGGGAGGGACUAUUGUGCUUCGCCGCAUGGAACAGCUCCUCAGGAACAGCGGCCAUGAGCAUGUGUACCGCGUGCUGCUGGCAGCCACGCGGCAGAGUGUCUCAGCCAAGCGGGUGAUGAGGAAGCUGAAGGCCCAGCAAACCUUCCUUGAAAAUCCGCAGGCACACGCUCAGAGGAAACGCCGCAGAAACAAAGCCAAGGAGCUGCAAAGGAAGACGCGCAUGAGAGAAGCCAUUUUCAGGCGCCGAGGGUUCGUCAAACGGAAGCGAGUUGCACAAUAG